UUACAUCCACAGCCUCAUUCGACUGUGUGUUUGAAUUAGACAUGAACAAAGUUCUUUAGAUCACCCGUUAUAAAGGACUACUUGCUUUCAUCCACAAUUAUUACACUUCCUUAUUAGAUGCGUUUUGAGCCCUUGAUGAAGUUUUAAGCGUUACCCAUCGAGCUCUUUAAAUUGGUAAUUCCCUCGGAUUGUUAAUAAACUGUGGAUUUAUAGCUAGCCGUUCGAGCUAGCUGGCUAUGUGUAUUUCCUGAUAUUGCAAUUAACAGAACAGCAUUUGCUGCAGUUAUAUCCUGUAAAUGGGGAACAGCGCUCUCAAAGCUCAUUUAGAAACCUCUCAGAAGACUGGAGUCUUUCAGCUGACUGGAAAGGGUUUGACGGAGUUUCCAGAGGAACUACAGAAGCUCACUGGAAACCUGCGCACAGUUGAUCUGUCCGGCAACAAAAUCGAGGUCCUUCCUGACUUCAUAGGAGGCUUCCAGCAGCUUAAGAGUCUGACCAUUAACAGCAAUAAGCUGUCCAGUCUACCAAAUGAAAUCGGAAAACUCAAGAAGCUGGAAACUCUCAUUUUAAAUGGAAACCAGUUGAAGCAGCUUUCUGCAGGUGUGGGUCAGCUGAAGGCCCUGCGGACCCUCAGCCUGUCAGGAAAUCACUUUAAAGAGUUUCCCAGUGGACUCGGCUCCCUUCGCCAUCUUGAUGUCCUGGACCUGUCUAAAAAUAAAAUCCAGGCUGUUCCGGCAGAAGUGGCCGAACUGCAGGCCAUUGAAAUCAACCUCAACCAGAACCAGAUUUCGAGCCUGUCUCCAGAGGUGUCUCGUGCUCCCAGACUGAAGGUCUUGCGUCUGGAGGAGAACUGUCUGGAACUUUCCUCUAUCCCUCCUUCUAUCCUAACAGACUCCCAGGUGUCUCUGCUCUCCGUGGAGGGCAACUUGUUUGAAGUUAAAAUGCUGCGUGACCUUGAAGGAUAUGAUAAGUACAUGGAACGCUUCACUGCAACCAAGAAGAAAUUUGCGUGAAGUGCAGGAGUAUUCAUCUAGUGCCAGGCUGCCUUCUGCGCUGGCACCGGCUUCACCAGACGGUUCAGCAGACAGUGAUGGAAAAUGGAAGAAUAGUCUGGAUUACUAGAACGACAACUCAGAGACCCCAGACCUGCUGCUUAUUAACAUUACAGAACAGAGAGCACCUGUAUUAUUAUGAAUUAUUCUAUGGACUGUGCACUACACUUUCUUUUGCAAAGAUGUUAUGAACACAAAUGCAGCGCUGACUCAAAUGUCCUGAAAAUAUUUACACUGGACACUGGUUUAUUGCAUAUUCAAACACACUAAUGCCAGGUAUAUUAAUAGAAGGUCUGUCCUUCAGUAUACCAACUAACAUAUUGUAUGUACAAACUAUGUGCUAUUGCCUAGCAUUUAAUUACCUUUUUAAUGCUUUAGAGUUAGCAGCCGUUUUGGCCAGUGAAUAUAUGGCUUUUUAUUUAUUUGCACACUCAUGUUUCUGUCAUUUUCUUUUUAUAAGAACAUCCAUGAGAAGGUAUUUGCUCAAGACUGCUGGGAGAUAGCGUGUGGUGUAACAGUAUUGCAGCAAAAUUUCCGUUAGAAAUAAUUUGCUUUUACUCUAUAAUGAAUGCCUACUUGAAUGCAGUCAAUGUGAUUAUAUAUAUUUAUAUAAAUCACAUAUUUAAAAUCAUUAUGUAUAGUUAUGCAAAACCUAACUAUUUCCUGACGUUGCUGUCUACCAUGUUUAUCUACUGCUUACACAUUUGAAUGUCACCUGUUGUCUUUCGUGAACCUUGUGAUUCUUGCAGUCAAUCUAUGCAAUUUAUAUUUCAAACAUCUGAAGAUUGUUUUUUUAUAUUAUGAUACAUAGUCAGCAUCAGUAACAUUUACCCAAAAGCAUCUAAAUCACAAAAAUUUGGCAUUUGUAAAAUACACUAAUGUUUUAGAGAAAAAUGUUCUUGCUUCUCUAUGUACUGAACAACUAAAUUACUGCUUUGUGCAACAUUUACCUUCAAAAUAAAGCUUACUUUGUAUUAGAAUUGUGAACUAAUUGUCAACAAAAUUGCACUUGAAUUUCCUCGAAAAUAAUAUAUAUUUAACUGCUCACUUAUAUUAAUUUUUGGUUAACAAAUCAAAACUACUAAGACACUAAUGCGCUCCCGUCGUAAUGUCAAAUGGUUCGCUUCAUGUUGUAAUUCUAUUUCUUCAUUUUUAUGAUAAUCUCUGAGUAUGUUGUCCUCUACUGAUGUUGUAUAUGGCAAAUAUUUGAGUGAAAGACUUUAUACAUACUAAACAUGGCAUAAGAAGGCCAAGCGUAUAUAACAGUACUCAGUCUGUUAAAAAGUAUUAAACCAUCUUUUGACCUAACCAAGUUAUUUUAGCCCAGGGCCCAGUUGCAUAAACUUAGCCACAAAGUUCAGACAGCGUCUCACUGACUAGCAAUUAGUUAGGAUUUUUUAUAUUUCAAUUAGCCCAAUCUACCUUUUUAUGUAACUGAUUUAAAGAAGGUAUGACCAGUCUUGUAGAAAAAAAUUAGAUGACUAACUUCUAAGACUAGUCUAAACAGUUUAUGCAACCGGCCCCAGGUUUCACAGACCAUGCUUAAGACUAGUCCCAGACUAAAAUGAAUUUUGAUCUGUCUUAACCGAAAAUAACUUCCCCUGACAUAGGCUAUCUUAAAAUAUGUCAGUGCCAUUGUUUUGUCUCAAGAUGCACAUCAGUAAUGUUUUUUUUUUCUAAGGCGUUUUGCGACUUAAAGUCGGCAUGAAAUUAAAAAUGAUCGUUCUAAUUGUUUUACGCAGUUGUGAAGUAUUUAUUAUAAAUUAUUUAUUCCUGCACAUCAUUAUUUUUAAAAAAUUAAUUUGCACUAAUCUUAAAUCAAAACCGUCAACCUCCUCCUCGUCAAAACGGCCUCUCUUCUGGUCACGAAUGGCGCGACUGCAAUGACUGACAUAUUGCAAACUGGCGUUCAGAUCUUUCACCUUUUAACGAUCCAAUCAGUUGUCGGUGGAUGAAAUCAAGUCCCGCCCAACAUUUUGCCCUCAUUUCAGAAAUCGUUUCACUCGUGUAUACGUCACGACUUGCAAAAAACACAAUCGCUACUUCCGUUUCAUGCCGACUUUAAAUAGCCUAAAUUAACUAAGGCAUAGUCCUGG